AUGGACGAAUUUGGUGAACUGCAGAUUCCGGAAUCACGGGUGCUUAUCAUCAUCACAGAUGGCUUGGUUCCAGCCCGAGGAUUCCUGAAAGCUGGACUUGCGCCUCGCCCUGUCUUUAACGAUGGGUCUUAUCCAGAGCCACUGGAAAUAGUCACGGAUGACAAGGGCACACGGAAAGCAGUCCAAAGUCUGAGGACACCAUCAAGCACAUACGAUCGCCGUGUGAGGUACUGCGUACUCGAAUUCGAGAAACUCCUGGACAGUAGCUCCAUCGACGCCGCUGGCUGGGACCAGAUUGCAAAGACAGUGCAGAGAAAUUACCAACUUUUCGACGGGUUCGUCAUCCUCCAUGGAACAGAUUCUCUGGCGUACACCGCAUCAGCUCUGAGCUUUAUGUUCCACAACCUAGGGAAACCUGUCAUUCUCACUGGUUCCCAGGCACCGAUGAUGGAGCUGCAGACAGAUGCGCAAGACAAUCUCCUCAACUCCCUCAUCAUAGCAGGUCAUUUUAUGAUCCCGGAAGUAUGUCUAUUCUUCGACUCCAAGCUGUUUCGGGGGAACAGAGCUACCAAGAUCUCGGCCGAGGAUUUCAACGCGUUUGGAAGCCCGAACCUUCCACCACUCGCAACAGUCUCGUCCACCAAGACAAAUGUACUAUGGCAUAGGGUUCAUAGAUCAACCGAUCUGAGUCCCUUCACCAUACAAACAAGCCUGGAUACAGGUCAUGUCGCCUGUCUCCGCGUCUUCCCCGGCAUCACACCCGCAAUGUUAGAUGCAGUGCUCCGACUAGACGGCCUUAAAGGUCUCAUCCUAGAAACUUUUGGGGCUGGCAACACUCCCGGCGGGCCGGACAGCGCGAUGACACGGAUCCUGGCAGACGCAGUCAAGAGGGGCAUUGUCAUCGUCAAUGUUACACAAUGUCUGAGCGGCAGCGUGAGCGCGCUGUACGCACCAGGCACUUAUCUCGGUCGGGCAGGUGUUGUCUUCGGGCAGGAUCUGACUUCGGAAGCAGCGCUCACCAAGCUUGCUUACCUGCUUGCGUUGCCGAACGCUUCGCCAGAGGAGGUCGCGAAGCGAAUGUCACAGUCUCUACGGGGCGAGCUGACCGAGACCACGCGGACACAUUUUGAGCACCCUUCACGAAGCGGCGUGUUGACUCCCGAGUUAUCCAGCUUGACAGCUCUCGGGUAUGCUAUCCAAAAGGGCGACCUGCAAGGAACUCGAGACAUUAUUCGAGGCGAGCCUCGUUGGCUGCUCAAUGACGCAGACUACCAGCUCAACAGUCCAGUGCAAUCUCAAGGCAACACAGUUGCGGUUGGCGAGGUGAGACGGUGCAACGCAUUCGUGCUCAGCAAAGAUAAAGAGACGAGGAGCCGUCGGCAGCUGGACUCGCAGCCAUACAGCGCGCAGCUCAGGCCCAGCAGGCUGCACCUUGCAGCAACGUCGCCCAACGUCGAGAUCCUGCAGGACUUCCUCACCCAGGGCGCGUCAGUCCACCUCCGCAACCGCGCCGGCAACACGCCGCUGUUCUUGGCGGCGAGUGCAGGGCUAAAGGACCACGUACAGACACUGCUCGAUGCAGGUGCUCAUCUUCAUUCUGAUGAAGUCAGUGCGGCGAGGCUGCACGUGUCCGAAGCCGACGGCGCGCCUGGGCUGUGGGAGUCGGUGAUUGGUUGA